AUCAUUCACAGAGACCUCAAACCCGACAAUAUAUUAGUGGCGAAGGAUGUAAAGAACGGCAGGUAUUUCAAAGUGGCUGACUUUGGGUUGGCGACAUUGCACUCCAUUGCCUCUGAAAAUCAUACCACAGGAGUGGGAACUCUUAAAUACAUGGCACCGGAAUUCCCCGGUAUUGAGUAUUUACUCGGGAUAUGAAAUAUACGACAAAUUCAUUAAAUUGGAUCAAAUCAUAGACUCAAUGAGUGCUGGAAUUUAUAAGAGAAGACCCGAAUGUUCACAAGUAUUAUCGGAAUAUAACUUAUGGUCUAUUGAUAGGAAUUGUCUCAAAACUGAUCCCACAUUUGAUUCCACACUAAAACUCAUUCAACAAAAUGACGACAAAUUUUUCAUUGAAUUUUUUAAAGCAAAAUA